UCUUUCCGGUCCGGCAGAAACUUUUCUCUACGUGUGUAAGGUUCCUGCUGUCAUAUAUGGCGGAGGAUCAGCUUCUGAUCGGUGUCAGUGACGGAGAACUGGACCCCAGGAGGUUCCGCUCCUCGGUUCUGACCAACAAAGUCGGGGGGCAGCCAGACUGGCCACCGGUUCUGGCCCCGCGGUCUCCCACGUGUGGUUGUUGUGGGUCCCCUUUGGCCCUCGUGGUCCAGGUGUACUGUCCCCUGCAGGGCUCUUCCUUCCACAGGAUCCUCCACCUGUUCGGCUGCUGCCGGCCAGGCUGCAGCGGGCAGCAGGCUGGUUGGACGGCGCUCCGCUCCCAGUGGGUGGAGGCUCCCUGCCAGCCUCCUCCGCCUCAGGGAGCUUUGCCAUCGGCCACAGACUGGUGUGAGUCCGCUGAUGACUGGGGGAUGGAGGAAGGUGGAGGAGCUGAGGAGCUUCAGGAUGGAGGUCUGCGCACAGAAGUGGGUCGACCCGUUUCCCAGAUGGAUGUCAGCUCUGGACUUGAGCGGCUCAGUCUGGUAGAACCUAAAGAUGUCCCCGUCUACCGGCCACUCUUCAUCAGCGUGCUGGAGGAGUCAGAGCUGGGCGGUGAGGAUGACGAGCUGGAGCACGCUCAGCAGCUUCUAAGAGAAUACGAGAGGAGGGAGGGCGUAGCUGUGCGGGGGUCGGACGAGGGCGGCGGCGAGGAGAAGUACGAGAAGACCAAAGCCAGACAUGGAGACCAUGUGUUCUCCAGGUUCAUGAAGACAAUCUCAACGUGUCCGCAGCAGAUCCUGCGCUACCAGCGCCACGGGACGCCGCUCUUCAUCUCCAAGCCACCGCCCAGCUUAAGUCGGCUCAUUCCCGCAUGUGGUUCCUGUGGAGAACCUCGGGUCUUUGAGCUGCAGCUGAUGCCGGCGCUGGUCAGCCUGCUGCAGAGGACGGACGGCGGUGCAGAGGACCAGCUGGAGUUUGGGACGGUGUUGAUUUACAGCUGCAGAGCCAGCUGCUGGACGGUAGGAUCAGAGUCUCCUGUAGAGGAGUUCUGCUGGGUUCAGUCAGACCCAGACCAACAUUUGUUUAAAUGAGUUAUCGCCACAAAGAGGAAGAAGAAAACAUUCAACCGCGGAAGAUUCAAGCAGGUCCACUUCAAACCGAACCCUGAACAAGAAUCCUCAGUGCCUUCAGAACUGGGCUUUGAUCGCCACAUCUGGUUUAAACAGAUUAAAAACUAAAGAAAAGAGGAAAAACAUUGAACUUCUGUUUCACAGAUUCUUUAUUUUACUUCAGCCUCAGCAUAUAUUGUGUGGAAAGAAACACCACAGCAGGUCAGGCUGAACAUCCAGAGCAAAACAUCCACGUGGCAAAAAACUGGAGCUGUAAUGAAGACUUAAUGGAACUUCACUGGAGCUUUAAUGGAGCUUCCUUAGACAUUUAAUGGAACUUCAUUAGAGCUUUAAUGAAGCUUUACUUGAGCUUUAAUGGAACUUCAUUAGAGCUUUAAUAAAGCUUUACUUGAUCUUUAAUGGAACCUUAUUAGAGCUUUAAUUAAGCUUUACUUGAGCUUUAAUGGAACUUCAUUAGAGCUUUAAUGAAGCUUUACUGGAUCUUUAAUGGAGUUACAUUAGAGCUUUAAUUUAGCUGUACUGGAUCUUAAAAGAGCUGCACUGGAGAUUUAAUUGAGCUACAUUAGAGGUUUAAUGGAGGAUCAUUGGAGCUUUAAUGGAGAUUUACGGAAGUUUCACUGGAGCUUUAAUGGCGUUUCACCGGAGCUGUAAAAUAGCGCUUCUUUGGAGCUUCAAUUAAGCUUUGCUGGAGUCUGAAUGGGACUUUAAUGGAGCACAUCCAGAAAUAAAGUUUGUUUACUGGCCUUAAAAAACAUCAAA